AUGAACUAUUUCCACAUCCAAGAGCAUCCGUUGCUGGUUGUUAUUAUAGUUUCGGUUUUUGCGAUGCUCGCAGCGCGGAUGGCUUGCAUUAUGGCAAUGGGGUACAUAAAAUUUAAAACAGAAAGCUCCAAAGAGGUGGUUAUAUUCUCGCUGUACACAUCUGCAGCCUGUCUUCUGCUGUCCUGGGCGUGCAUCUACCUCGGACAAGCACGGCCCAUGAUAGAGCCAAAAUAA